UACAGAGUGAACAAAUUUCUUACAUACGCCGUUGUCAUAGAAACCAAAGUUUCAGUUUAUUAUUUUUAACAACAACCACCAAAAAAGAGAUAAAGACGCAAACAUGCCGAAGGUUUUGUUUCAGAAGUAUAAAAAGGUGACCAGCACUAUAGACCCAGAGCGACAUGCUGCGAAGUUAAAAGAGAUUGAGCUUCGUAGGUCGGAGCAGUCGGAAGGUCAAUUUGAAUCUGAACAGGGCUCUGAGGAGUUUUGUGAAGACGAUAUGGGUACCUAUGAAGAAAGUGAAUUUAGUUUAUCAGAAGGUGAACCAGCUCUGAAUAUCGGGAAAAUUGACUUGUCAUUUCCUGAGACAGCGGACGAGUACCAAAAUAGCCCACAAUGCUAUCCUCCCUCGUACUAUACGUUAUCGCCAAAGGAAAGACUUCUCCUUCUCUACGCUGAGAACUUUCGCAAGCAGUUUGUUCUAAUAUACCCCAAGCGAAGGCCAAUGGUUCUGGCCUUGCCUAACGAAUGUAGAGUACAGAAGUUUGUGUGUACCACAAUUAGACCUACGGCCUUUAUUUACCCUGAGCUAAUAUCAAGUAUUGAGGAAAUUUCAAAGUUUGUCGCUGACUUUAUUCAAUAUGAACCGCUUGAAGACCAAGUUAAUUUGCCAAAUCGACUAAUUUCGCCGGACACCUUGUUGCGAAAACGUCGAGGAAAUUCAUUUGAAAUGGCCACUCUUUUGGCCAGUAUGCUUAUUGGAGCUGGGCACCCUGCCAUGGUGGUCUCUGGAGUGGCACGCGAGGAGGUAGUGAUUAAUGAUCAAAUUGAUGUUCCAUAUCCAUAUCCGAUUUUGGAAGUUGAAACAGAAGAGAUCAAACCCCCCCAAGAGAAGCCCGGUCAAAAGUAUAAAUUACGAGGACUGCCGGAUUUGAAGAGCCAUCUUGAUGAAGAAAUGGCAGAGGUUCACAGGCAAAAGGCAGAGGAAGAAAAACGAAUUGAGGAAGAACUUGUACGAAAACAAAUGGAGGAUCUUGAACUAUUAGCUGUGGACCGCUAUCACUAUCGUCGCAGCCAUGCCUGGGUAGUCAUAAUAAAUAACGCACCUUGGAGCAUAAAACCACGAAUUACUUACACCGACGUGAACGGUGAUGUUGUGGAAGCGCCUCCUACGGGAGUUUUUAUUGAGCCUUCUACGGGUUUUAUGUGUGAAACGGGAUGCAAGGAAUACAUUUUAGUCGAUACCAUUUGGAAUCAGUACAAUUACUAUGUAAAUAAACAAACUUAUCAGAGAGUCGGCGACAUACGUUGGGAUCUGCGAGACACUAAUGACUGGGAGCAUAUGCUCCCAGGAGAGCCGCCUGAGAUGCGCACCUAUAAGGUAGCUUCGGAUGAAAAUAUAGUAGGAGAAGACCAUGAUAUAAAUGACGAAAAACACUUGGAUGCAAUAUGCAAUUGGGUAAAUAGGCUCCAUAUUGGACUAGCAGACUAUGAGCAACGCUUUCCAAACUCUGAGAAGUUGGUGCAAUACAAAGGUUCAAUACAUGAGCGCUAUGCGCCCUACUCCCAACGCGAUGGGAAAGUGAUGCAGCUUACGGUUUUUAAUGAUAAUGAAUGCACAGAUCCACGCGUUAGAUAUGAAUACUUCGAAAACCGUUUUGACCUAAUGCGACGCUUGAAAUACACCUAUGCACUCGAUAAAUAUGAAGAGAUAUUUGCCAAAGGGCGCAACGACAGUUUGAAAUCAAUGGAAUAUUAUUCCGAUCCUACACUAGAGAGAAAAAUGUGUUUCUAUUCGAGCUCCCGAUUAGACUCUUUGGAAUUUUUGGUUGUGACGCCAGGAGUAACUACUCUCAACUACAAAGGUCGUUGUGACAAGUGCUGGUAUAAGGAGUUUGAAUUUAAUAUAACUGGAUCCGUGCUUAAAAAAGUCACAGAAAAAUUUCAUCGUCAAAGUGCCUCCGAUGUUGGGAAAAACGAUAUUGCCACGCGUGUAUUUCUUUUUCAACAAAACAAAAUUAUUCUGAAAUUCCAUUACAAUUUUGGAGCACUUACAGCUUCCACAGUGGAAUUUACGAAGCCACCUAAGCCUGACUAUGGCAAAGAACUAAUAUAUGAUGAGAAACUUACCAAGAUAUAUAAGGCCAACCCGUUAGAUCCCACUCGCACUAAUCUAGAAUUGUACAGAUUACUAAGGGAGCAGCUUCAAUACGAGGCUCAGAUACGAAAACAGUUUGAAAAAAUGCAGGAGGAUAUCCUGAACAUCUUUGACUUGCGUAAAUUUGAGAAGACAGAUCCGAAGUUGAAGUUCCGCAUAUUUGAUCCCCUCCGAAACGGAGCAGCUAGAGCUAUAAGAAUGAUGCAGUUUGCAGAGGAGGAAGAACUUAAACGAGAAAUCGCCAGUAAGCCAGCCGACUUUUUGGCUCCAUAUUUAGUACCGUACAAGCAUCAGGAGAAGCUGACUUCGGAUCAAGCAUUGUGUGCGUAUAAUGCGUGCCUCAAUGAUUUAAAAUCCCGCUUUGUGAGCUUGCUCAAUAACUUACAAAGAAAUUAUGAAGAUCUUACAUGUGAAUCAAAGUCUCUCAAUCGAUUUCUAAACAAAUUCGAAAAUCAAUUUGAUAACCACGACUACAAGCGCCUUGUUCAGCAGUCAAAAGAAUUAGAGCUGAACAAGCGCAUGGUGCAACAGCGCUUGACGCUCACUCAUGAAGAAUCCCAAAAAAAAUACGAAGAAGUUAAGAGUGCCUUACUCAAAGAUACGAGGCUUAACAUAAAAACUAAUGACGGACGGAACUCUGAAGAAUCCAAGUAAAAA